ACCCACGAGAAACCAGAGAAGGCAUCAGUCUCCCUCAUGUGAGCAGCUUGGAAUUAGUUAAUAGGCUUGUUAAUUUUUUAAGCGUAAUUGCAAUCGUCUCUUUAAAAGUCACUUCUCAUAGAUUAGCCCCUGAUUCCAAACCCAAUGUGGAAAAACCAGUCUCCGACUUCAAACAGCCACAGGAAUGCUUGGCUCACUUGUGCCAGAGAGAGAACCAGAUGCUGCCAAGAGUUGCCAAGCCUCUGUGGGCCAGGCAGGCAGGGCUGGUAGCAUGACUGACUAUAAAUCUCACCAGUGUUGGGUUGUGCCGCUGGCUUUGACUUCCCCGGGACCGGUCAGCUCCCAAGUCCCUGCUCUGGUGUACCCGUGAUAGACAAGCAGAUACACCUGCCAGUGGGGCAUUGACUUCAUUUUUGCGUCUUUUGGUUUUUCCAUCGGCACGAUGCCUUCCGUUUCCGACUCUGACGAGCUGAUAUUUUUUGUGAAUGGAAGAAAGGUCGUAGAGAAGAGCCCUGACCCUGAAGUGAAUCUGCUCUUCUACCUGAGAAAAGUUCUCCGUCUCACAGGCACUAAAUAUGGCUGUGGGGGAGGAGGCUGUGGCGCCUGCACGGUGAUGGUGUCAAGAUAUGAUCCCAAGAGCAAGAAGAUUCACCACUACCCAGUGACAGCAUGCCUGGUGCCCAUCUGUUCUCUCCACGGGGCAGCCAUUACCACAGUGGAAGGCGUGGGAAGCAUCAGAAAGAGGAUUCACCCUGUGCAGGAACGGCUUGCCAAGUGUCAUGGCACACAGUGUGGGUUCUGCAGCCCUGGCAUGGUGAUGUCCAUCUACACGCUGCUCAGGAACCACCCAGAACCGACGCCUGAUCAGAUCACCGAGGCACUUGGAGGUAAUCUGUGCCGAUGUACCGGAUACCGACCAAUUGUAGAAAGUGUGAAAACCUUUUCACCGGGAUCGACUGUUUGCCAAAUGAAAGGAUCUGGACAAUGCUGCAUGGAUCCAGACGAGGGGUCUUUUGUGAGUAGAGAGGAAAAAAUGUGUACCAAACUGUACUACAAAGACGAGUUCCAGCCCUUGGACCCCUCACAGGAACCGAUAUUUCCUCCCGAGCUGAUCAGAAUGGCUGAAGACCCAGAUAAGCGGAGGCUGACCUUCCGAGGGCCAAGGACCACUUGGUUCUUGCCUGUGACCUUGGAGGACCUUCUGGAACUCAAGGCUAGCUACCCGAAAGCCCCACUUGUCAUGGGAAAUACUGCAGUAGGACCCAGUAUUAAAUUUAAUGGUGAAUUUCAUCCAGUUUUUAUAUCUCCACUUCGGUUUCCAGAACUGUACUUGGUGAAGAACACAGAAAAUGGGGCAACAAUAGGGGCUGGACAGAGCCUGGCACAGUUGAAAGAUGCCUUGGAUUUCCUGGUUUCGGAGCAACCAAGGGAGAAGACCAAGACCUUCCAUGCCCUCCUGAAGCAUCUGAGGACGCUUGCAGGGCCCCAGAUUAGGAAUAUGGCUUCUUUAGGAGGGCACAUGGUGAGCCGGCCCAAUUUCUCUGACCUCAACCCCAUUCUAGCAGCAGGAAACGCUACCAUCAAUGUGAUGUCUACAGAAGGAGAACAGCAGAUUCCUUUCGAUGGCGCUUUCCUUGAGGGGUCCCCUGAAAACAACCUGAAGCCAGAAUGGGUGGUGGUGUCUGUCUCCAUCCCAUACACUACCCAGUGGCACUUUGUGGCAGGCCUCCGGCUGGCCCAACGUCAGGAAAACGCCGCCGCCAUUGUCAACGCUGGCAUGAGCGUGGAGUUUGAAGAAGGCACAAACACCAUCAAGGAUCUUCAGAUGUUCUUUGGAAGUGUGGCCCCCACGGUGGUCUCUGCGAGCCAAACCUGCAAGCAGCUCAUUGGGAGGCAAUGGGACGACCAGAUGCUGAGUGACGCGUGCCGGUGGGUUCUGGAGGAGAUCCGCAUCCCAGCAGCAGCCCAGGGCGGCAUGGUGGAAUACCGGCGGACCCUCAUCGUCAGCUUGCUCUUCAAAUUCUACCUCAAAGUGCGCCGGUGGCUGAACAAAAUGGAUCCCCAGAAGUUUCCUGACAUCCCAGAAAAGUUCGUGAGUGCUCUGGACGACUUCCCCAUAGAAACUCCCCAAGGAAUUCAGAUGUUCCAGUGUGUGGAUCCCAACCAACCCCAGCAAGACCCGGUGGGGCGCCCGGUCAUGCACCAGUCGGCCAUUAAACACACCACAGGAGAAGCUAUCUUUAUCGAUGACAUGCCUCCCCUUGACCAAGAACUCUUCCUUGCUGUCGUCACCAGUACCAGGGCCCAUGCAAAGAUCACAUCACUGGAUGUGUCUGAAGCCCUGGAGUGUCCAGGUGUGGUUGAUGUGAUUACAGCUGAAGACGUUCCAGGAGAAAAUAACCACAGUGGAGAAAUUUUCUACUCACAGGAUGAGGUCAUUUGCGUGGGCCAGAUCGUCUGUGCCGUGGCCGCGGACACCUAUGCCCACGCGAAAGAAGCGGCUAAGCGAGUGAGGAUUGCUUAUGACGACAUAGAGCCAGCGAUUAUCACAAUAGAGCAAGCCCUAGAACACAAUUCCUUUCUGUCUUCUGAGAAAAAAAUUGAGCAAGGAAAUGUGGAAUAUGCCUUCGAACAUGUGGACCAAGUCAUUGAAGGUGAGAUCCACGUGGAAGGCCAAGAACAUUUCUACAUGGAGACGCAAAGUAUCCUGGCUAUCCCGCAAGCUGAGGACAAAGAGAUGGUGUUACACUUAGGAACACAGUUCCCAACCCACGUUCAGGAAUAUGUGUCUGCAGCAUUGAAGGUCCCCAGGAGUAGAAUUGCCUGCCACAUGAAAAGAGCCGGAGGAGCGUUUGGAGGCAAAGUGACCAAGCCCGCUCUACUGGGAGCUGUUACUGCUGUGGCUGCCAACAAGACUGGCCGCCCAAUCCGCUUUAUCCUAGAGCGUAGCGCCGACAUGCUGAUAACCGCUGGCCGACACCCGCUCCUGGGGAAAUACAAAAUCGGGUUCAUGAAUAACGGGGAGAUCAAGGCGGCUGACGUGGAGUAUUACAUCAAUGGAGGGUGCACCCCUGAUGAGUCUGAGAUGGUGAUAGAGUUCAUUGUGCUGAAAUCUGAAAAUGCAUAUUCUAUCCCAAAUUUCCGGUGCCGGGGCAGGGCUUGCAAAACUAAUUUACCAUCUAACACCGCCUUCCGAGGAUUCGGCUUCCCUCAGGCGACAGUGGUAGUCGAAGCAUACGUAACCGCGGUGGCGUCUAAAUGUAACCUACUCCCUGAAGAGGUUAAAGAAAUAAACAUGUACAAGCAAACUAGCAAGACAGCCUAUAAGCAGACAUUUAACCCGGAGCCCUUGCGAAGAUGCUGGAAGGAAUGUCUGGAGAAGUCCUCGUUCUAUGCUAGGAAGCAGGCUGCAGAGGAAUUUAACAAGAAGAAUUAUUGGAAGAAGAGGGGGCUUGCUGUCAUCCCCAUGAAGUAUAGCAUUGGGAUGCCUAUAGCCUUCUACAAUCAGGCCGCCGCUCUGGUCCACAUCUACUUGGAUGGCUCGGUUCUGCUGACUCACGGGGGCUGUGAGCUGGGACAAGGCCUGUACACCAAAAUGAUUCAGGUGGCUAGUCGCGAGCUCAACAUCCCACAGUCGUACGUGCACCUGUCCGAAACCAGCACCGUCACGGUGCCCAACGCUGUCUUCACCGCGGGCUCCUUGGGGACAGACGUCAACGGGAAGGCCGUCCAGAACGCCUGCCAAAUUCUCCUGGACCGUCUUCGCCCCAUCAUCAGGAAAAACCCUAAGGGAAAAUGGAAGGAAUGGGUUGCAAAAGCCUUUGAAGAAUCCAUCAGCCUCUCGGCCACCGGAUAUUUCAAAGGUUACCAGACAAACAUGGACUGGGAGAAGGAGGAAGGUGAUGCUUACCCCUACUAUGUCUACGGCGCAGCCUGCUCUGAGGUCGAAGUUGACUGCCUGACGGGCGCUCACAAGCUCCUGAGGACCGACAUCUUCAUGGAUGCUGCCUUCAGCAUAAACCCUGCCCUGGACAUUGGACAGGUGGAGGGAGCGUUCGUCCAAGGCAUGGGGUUCUACACCAUAGAGGAGCUGAAAUAUUCCCCGGAGGGUGUGCUCCACUCUCGGGGUCCAGACGACUACAAGAUCCCCACCGUCACCGAGAUACCGGAAGAGUUGUACGUCUCUCUGGUGCACUCUCGAAACCCCAUAGCCAUCUACUCGUCCAAGGGGUUGGGUGAGGCUGGAAUGUUCCUGGGGUCCUCGGUCUUGUUUGCCAUCUACGACGCGGUGACGGCUGCCCGCAGGGAGAGAGGCAUGAGUGACACCUUCCCCAUGAACAGCCCAGCGACACCUGAAGUGAUUCGUAUGAGCUGCACGGAUCAGUUUACCGACAUGAUUCCCAGAGAUGACCCUUCAACAUUCACGCCUUGGUCCAUCCAUGUGUCUUAACCUUGCUCCUCUGAGGAAAUGAACAAACACACAGCUGGCCCGCUAGCCUGGCAUCGGAGCAGCACGCAUUGACUUGAGCUUGCCGAGCAUGGUUUUCUACUUUCAGUUAUUCUCUGUGGUUAGGUUGUUGCAUGGUUACAUUUGAGGGUGCAGGUUUUCACCAAACAGGGUUAACAAAACAUAGAAUCAAAUUCUGAGCCAGGGGGUGGUGGUGCACGUGUUUAAUCCCCGCAUUCGGGAGGCAGAGGCAGGCUCAUCUCUGUGAGUUCGAGGCCAGCCUGGUCUACAAGAGCUAGUUCCAGGAUAGCUCCAAAGCUACAGAGAAACCUUGUCUCAAAAAUAAAUAAAUAAAUCAAUUAAUUAAUUAAAUUAAAAAAAGAAUCAAAUUCUGAUGUAGUUUUUAUUAUCCUGGAAAUCUGCAUCACAGAGGUUUUUAAACCUGGCAACGUUCCAUUAACCUGGGGUAGCUUAGGAGGGUCUCCUCAUGUUUUGUUUCAAACAGCUUCGCUCAAAACCCAAGAAAACUACCCAUCCUGAAAAUCUCUGAGUUGGAGUCUCCCAAAACCAGCACACCCGAAAACCCUACUUUACAGUGUCCACCACUGCCUGAGGUGUGAACACUGUGGCAAGGGCAAACCCUAAGCCCUUGGGGAAUCUGGAUGUGCAGGGGAACUCUCUCUGGGCUCCUGGGAGCAGCUGAGAGCUGUGUCUGCACUCAGGCCCCCCAUAGUGCAGACACCUGCCUCCUUCAUCUGAGCUGGUUUGAAUGCAGCUCCUUUCAAGGGUGUUUGCGGGGAGCCUGAUCCCCAGGGUGGCGGUGUCAACUGAAAGAUUCAGAGUCUAGCCAGAGUGAGGAGUUGGGGGAUGGACGCUGAGAGGGGGGAAUGGGGGUGUUUCCAUGCCUGGCUCCUGCUCAGCUCUUGCUUCUUCCCUGCCUGUAUGAGCCCUUGUCAGCUACCAGGACAGAGAGGAG